GCUCACACAACAAGAUACCGGUUCCCAUAUUGGUAGAAAGCGGCUGAUGGUGACCGUCGUAACAACUCAAGACUCAGUGCCGUGGUGCACGGGUGCUUUUUGCGCUUGCUUGUUGAGGCAAGGACUGCCCCCAUUGCCAGAUAACGAACUUGUAUAAUAAUAAAAAUAAAGCCUACGCAAGUGACUUGACAGUUCACCACUUGUAGACCUGGCCCAUCACGCUGUAUGUUUGGCUAGUGCAUAACCACUGUCGUCAUGUCUGGAUCAAAGGAAAGGAAUGGUUUGGCUGGCACCACUGUGAUUCACCAGAAUGGGAAGCCUCCUCAGAGUGUUGCCACUGGCACGCAGAGCAUGGCGGAAUAUAGAGCAAUAGCAAGGAAGAAGCUACUUCCUCAAGGGUACUCUGGUUACAUGCACUUGUUCUAUUUGUUUGGUACAUGCACCGCCAUUAUGUCCAUAUGUGUUUGGUGGAUGGAGCGGCUCACCUGGCUUGAUUGGCUCUCUAUCCCCGUCUUCAUGUCAAUCGCCAAUGCGUACGAGUACGCGGUGCAUCGCUAUCCCGGCCAUGUCACACUGUCGCCGCAGCCGUUCCGUUAUUUUCACAAAAGUCACACUGGCCUACAUCACCGUUUCUUCACGUACGAGAACUUCCAGCCAGACCUGGGUCAUGUUGACUACUAUUUUGCUCUUUUUCCACUGCGAGUCUAUGCGACAUGGUUCCUGACGGCUACCCUACCGGUAACGCUGGUCGGUCGCUACUAUCUGCCUUGGAACAUCUGCCUCAUUGCAGCUUGUGUUGGUUCUUUCUACCUAGUGCUGUAUGAAGUGCUUCACAGCUAUGCACACGAGUCACUGCCAAGGGCGAUGCUGAGCGUCGUCUCGUACAUUCCCGGCGCUGAUUUUGUGCGGGAGCACCAUCGUCUGCACCACCAUCCGCGCUUGAUGACCAGCUGCAACUUCAACUUGACUUUCCCGCUGACCGACUGGCUGGUUGGAACUCUGGUUACAAAGCUACCAGCCAGCUAGACCUGUCACCAUGGUAAACAGUGCCACGUGAUCGACGAGGAUUUCAUCGGCAACUCAGCUUCUUUGUACUGCCCUGGCGUGAAAUAGCGUGUGUACAGGUGUAAUGCCAAAUGCCUGUAACGUUCUGGAUCACAAUGGAGACCAUCGUAACAUGCCACAGUGUGCUGAUUUGAACUAUUGUCUCAGUUUGUGAAAAAUUUGUAGCCUCAUUGUUUCUGUAGCCGGUUUCUGCAGACUUUUCUAUUUCCUAUAGCCCUUAGAAAGUUCCUGUGCACAAGCUCAAUUUAGGUUUUUUUUAUUUAGAAAGAAAAGUUAGUUGUGUUGUAUGUACGGGAAUGUCGUACGCAAUAUCUUCGUCUUGAUCUGUUUUACUGCGACGGUUUGCUUGGCCUUGAUCCUAGAGUGCCGCGCUGCGGCUUUAUUGUAGCUAUUUCACCAGAUUAUUUGUGCUUUAAUGGCAUGCCCACUCAUAAUUUUUAUCACUAUUUCUCCGAACACACGUUUAGUGUGUUACUUUGUUACUUCAUGCAUGCGCUGAAAAUUCAAAAAUGGAUCUUUGA